GGAAAACCAACUUUUAUGACAACUAUGUCACCCAGUUUGUGACUGCCUUAGUUGUUCCCGAACAGAAUUGGCGAAGUUCCUUGCUCACCUGGGUUAGUCGGUGUGUUUGAACGCCGGACAGACUACAGGUUAUAACAGUAUGUUCGCAUAGGUAAACCUCUUCAGGCGGCGGGUUCGCACGCACACUUUGCAAUGCGUAACAAGCGGCCGCUUGAAGGGCGCUGCCAACGCCGGUACUUCUGCCGUGUCUGAGGACUGACAUUGAGGGGGGCAGAUAUGAUGCCCCAGCAGAAUAGACUAUAAUGACGCAUGCUGAAGGCCCAGGCACGGGCCUGCCAGCAUGAUGGCAUAUAAUCACGAGCGGGGAGGAACCCCGAAGAGCUCGGUAGUAAUUGGAGCCGGGGUGACAGGGCUUGUAUGUGCCAGGGCGCUUCUGGAGGCUGGGUUGUCGGUCGUCGUUGUCGAAACCAGUGCGAACCUGUUUCCAGCGGGCAGAGAGGCUCGCUUCGCGGCGGAGCUGGUCAAAAAGUUCCCAGAGCUUGAGCGGCUGUUCAGCCUGCCAGAAUUUGAGCCGCCACAUGGCGCCUCACCAGAGGCCCUGCAGGCGUACCUGCUGGCCUAUGUGGACCAUUUCCGGCUGCGCGACCACAUCAUCUUCAGCUGCAAGCUGGAGCACGCGCAGGUUGGCGAGGACGGGCGCUGGGUGAUUGUGUGCAGCGACCUGCUGGACCCGGCCCGCCUGCACCGCCUCACCAGCGACUUCCUGGUCAUCAGCAGCGGGGCAUGCCUGGCGCCGCACAUACCGCAGCUGCCGGGCUCACAUGACUUUGCGGGCCUGCGCUGCCAUGCGCGCGACCUGCGCGACCGCGACGCCUCGCCGCUGGUGGCGGGGCAGCACGUGGUGGUGGCGGGCGACGACCGCAGCGCAGUGGACUGCGCGCGGCAGGCGGCGGCGGCGGGGGCGGCGAGCGUGACGCUGCUGUACCGACAGCCGCACUGGCCGCUGCCGCCCAAGGUGCUGGGCACGGCGCUGCCUCAGCUCGCCCACGACCGCUGCCUGCCGCGCCUGCUGCUGCCGCCCUACUACACCGCGGGCCGCGCCGCGCGGGCCGCCAGCGCGGCCCUGGCGCCGCUGCGGCGGCUGCUGUGGUGGCGGCUGGAGCGGCGGCUGGCGGCGGCGCACGGUGUGUCGGGGGAGCUGCGGCCGCCGGUGGACAUGGUGCGGGACAUGUUCUACGGCCUGCAGGCAAGCGCAGACCCAGACAACUGGGUGGGGGUGCUGAAGGACACAUCAAUACGCCUGGUCAAAGGCGACGUGGCCAAGCUGUCCCACGAUGGCGUGGUGCUCAAGAGCGGCGAGGGCCUGGCCGCCGGGGUGCUGCUGCACUGCACGCCCGCCACCCGCUCCUACCACAUAUUCGACGCCGACCUGCAGGCUAGCCUGGGUGUGCGCAAGGACGGGCUGCACCUGUACCGCAGCAUGGUGCCGCCGGCCGUGCCCAGCCUGGCCUUCCUGGGCUGCGAGACCAGCAGCCCCUACUCCUGGCUCACUACCAGCCUGCAGGCGGCCUGGGUGGCGGCGCUGGCGGCGGGGCGGCUGCAGCUGCCGGGGCUGAGGACCAUGAAGGAGGACGUGUUCAUGCAGCGGAGGUGGCGGCGGCGCGCUUUCCCGCCCCAGCACAACCGCGGCAGUCUGAUCCAGUGGUACGCCCAGGCCUACCACGACCAGCUCAUGGCCGACCUGGGGCUCCCCGCGGCCGUCAAGCCGCGGAGCCUGCUGUACCCACUGCGCGGCCUGCUCUGCGCCGCCCACACGCCCGACGACUACCGGCCGCUGCUCACGCCCGUGCGCCCGCCCGUCUGCACCGUCGCGCCCUCCGCCGCCUCCUUCCGCGGCCCCAGCGCCGCCGCCGCGGCCGCCAUGGCGUCCGUGGGCGGUGCCUCCUCUCGCGCCGUCACCUCCGCAGGCGCCGGCGGCUAUUCCACGCCCCAGCGCAGCGCCAUGAGUGCUCGCGGCUCCAUGCCCGGUGGCCUCCUCUCCGCAGCCGGCGCGCUGCUCCUCCACCCACGGCUGCCUGGCGCGCACGCGCGGCGGCGCAGCAGCACAGAGGCGCACUUCCGCGUCAGCACGGACUCGGCGCGGCAACUGAGCUCGGAGGCGACGCGAGCGGCGCUGGCGCAGGUGUCUGUGACCAGCAACACCUCGCGCCUGGCCCUCAUGCUGAACAGCCGGCAAUCCAUCGCGCCCGGCGGCGGCGUGGACAGCGGCGACGGCGGGGGCGACCCCGCGGAGCUGCUGUCAUCCGCGCAGAGCAUCUUGGUGAGCCCGAACACCGCCGCCGCCACGCCGCGCACGCCGGGCGGCACCGCCGCGGGCGGGACAAGCAGCGCGACGGCAAGCGUGGUCAAUGCCGCAAGCGGCGGCGGCGGCAACACGGGUCGUUUGUCGGGGCCCGGGAGCAUGGGCCCAGCGGCCGCCGCUGCAGCGGCGGCGCUGGGGCCUGGCGGUGCCGGCGGGCUGCUGCCGCUCCGCGUCAGCAGCCUAGGCGCCAGUCGUCUGGGCGGCGCGCGCGGCAGCACCGCAGGCGGCAUGGCAGCACCCGCCGGCGGCGUCACGGCUGUUGCAGCCACGCACAGUAGCACGCGAUUCAGCAACACGGGCAGCAACCGUGGCCGCGCGCGUAGCGCAAACUUUGGUGUCGCCAGCAACGAGCACACUGCCACAGGCGGCGGUGGCAGCGGCGGCGCUUGCACCAUGCUGCUUCCAUUCGGGGAAGGAGAGGAGCACGCGGCGCCAGUCGAGCGUGUUGCAGCGGCGGCCGCAGCGGCAGGGGCAGCGGCAGCACGUGGCGCCGCGGUGCUGGCCGGGCCGGCUAGCAAGGUGCCUGGCCGCCCCGGCCUCAGCUCGCAUCCUGAGAUUGAAGUAAUGAAUCACGAUUCCGAAAGAAAGGGCUCAGCAGCUGGUGCCGUCGCGGACGACGACGAGGACGUUGAGCGUGCCACACUGUCACUGCCCGGGCCGCCCACGAUGGUAGCGGCGGCCAUGGGAUCAGUGGCGGCUCUGGCGGCGCAUCCCAGGACCAAGGAGCCCGAGGGGUUCCUCCAGCGUGAAUCCGCGUCGGGUGUCUUCAAGGCUGCUGCGGCAGCGGCUGCAGCGCCCCUAGGUGGCACCGCCGCUGCGCCGGCAGCCCACGCUGGGCCCGGCGUGCCCAAGGCCUCUUCCAAAACGCCAGCAGCGGGGACCGCGGCCGGUGGUCAGUCCAGAGCCAGCGCUACAACUGUGUCCGUCACCGCGACACAGGGCCCUGCCGCGGGCUCAGGUGCGGCAUUCUCCCGCGCUGCCUCAGGAGCGUCCAGCAUCGGCAUCGGCGGCCAUUCAUCCGCGCUGCUCAUCAAUGGCAUCCCGCGCACGCCCAGCGGCCCGCCGUCGUCGCUGCUGCAGCCAGCACUGCUGAUGGCGGCAACGGCCGCGGCAGCCGCUGGCGGCGGCGGCGAAUCGCCCCAGCUGCCUUCCACGCGCCACGCCACGCUCACUUUCCCCGCUGCAGGCGCGGGUGACUCCGUCGCCGUCAUUAGUAAUCCAUUUGCCGCAGACGCUUGGGCAGUUGGGGCUGGGAUGCCCAGCUCACCUUCGCAAAGCACGGACUUCAUCAUGGGGUCUGCGCUCGCACAUGCGACGGAGUCCGUCGCGGGAGCAAGCAGCAGCAUGGGCGGCGCGCCGGCCUCAACUGCGGCUGCCGCUGCCGCCUGCGCCACCUUUGGCAAGCUUUCGCUGCCUGCUGCCACGGAGCAACAGCUGCAGAGCCAGCCACAGCAUCAUAGGGACCAGAUGGCAGCUGUGCAUGGAACGCCGCCAGGGGGGAUCCGGUCCGCGUCUGCAAGCCAAUCGAGUACACUGCAGGCGCACCUGCUCCGAUCCGCCGCCGCGUCGGCAGCCGCUGCCGUUGCCGGGGGCAGCGGAAGCGGCGUGGGCAGCUUGAGCAAUUUCAGCACAGGCGGCAGUGGCUCGCACCCGCUGCCGCACGGCGCGGCAUAUGCCAGCACACACCAAAUCGGCAGCGGCGGUGUGCCUGCCGCCACGUCAGCAGUUGCUGCAGCUUCAGCUUUCGCCGCCACGGGCGCAGCCGGCGGCACUACUGGUGGGCGCCCGGUGGGCCAGCCGUCUGCCCCCCACUUCGCGACCCUGCAUGAGGUGCUGGCUCCCGCAGGGAUGGCUGCGGCAGGGCCGAGUGCGCCGGCGGCAGGGCGUGCGCGCGACAUCAGUGCAAUGCUGCCGCCUGCGCUGCUACAGGGUUACGAGGUUUUUUCGCCGGCAAGCAUGUAUGGUGGUGGCGGCGGCGGCCGGCGGCAGCCGGCGGUGACAAUGCCGGCCAGCCUUGUGGAUUCAGUGGCAGCUGGGGGCGGCGCGGGAGUGAUGUCGUCGUUUGAGGCGUCCGUAGGGCUUAUGCAAGAGGAAGUGGCGGCUGGAGCCGCCGCAGCAGCAGCAGCGGGGGUGAUUUAUACCCAUCGCGCAUCCUUGGAUUGCCGAGCAAGCGCGGUUGGCAUGCCAGGGGUUGGCGCCGGCGGCAGCUUGAGCUCUUCUGCGCACCCUCUUGCUGCCAUGUCCAGUCCCUUCCACGCAAUCGUCAGUGCCGCGGGCAGUACGGGCGGCGGUGGCGGCGGUCCAGAGCUGCUGGCAACGGCAGCGCUGCGCGCCCCGCCCAGUGCGCUGAUGCAGGCGGCGCGUGCGAGCCUGGCGGCAUCACGUGCGUCUGUCAGUGGGUUCCGGCCGGGUGCCGGCGCCGGCGCCGGCGCCAUUGGGCCCACCAUCAGCAGCAACCAGCUCCAAUAUAAUGCAGUUGCCGGCGCCGCUGCUUCCGGCGUGCCGCUGAUGCGUGCCUCCCAGUACGGUGCCGCCGUCGCCGGGCCACGUGGCACUUCGCUGUACGGCAUCGCUGGCGCUGGUGGUGCUGGCGGCGGUGGCGGCGGUCACAUAGGCAGCCUAAUCGUUGAUGACCUGUUGGGACCAUCGGACAUCCUCAUGGGUGACCUGGCGGCAGCGGCGGCAGGUGGCGGCGGCGGCCGCGCUGGCGGCGCAGGUGGCGGCGGCGGCGGCGCCGGUUUGCACUCGCUUAACAACUCGCUGCUGCUUGUCCUGCCGGAGCAUACUUCGCCUCGCGCCUCCACGGUCCUGCCGCCGGGAAUGAGUCUGGGCGUCGGCGCGCCACUGCAGUUCCAAGGUGGCGGCGGCGCCGGCGCCCCCAGCCACGUGGCGGACUUCGGACGAGGACCGCCGCACCGCAUGACGGGUCACGGAGCCAUGCUGGGGCAUGGCCACAGCAACCACGGACCGCAAGUGCCGGCGUCAGAAAGCGCGGCAGCAUCUGACCGCGGCCCACCUGUGUUCGCCGGCGUAGGCGGGACGGGCAGCAGCGCAGGCGUCGGCGUCAGCGUCGGCGCGGGCGCGAGCUCCAUCGCAGGUGUUGGCAUCGGCGGCGCCGGGCGCAAGCCGAGGCGCAGCAGCGCCAUUGUGUUCAGCAGCAUGCUUGGAAACGACGACUUCCUGCAGCUCCUGGAGGCGGCGGGCAACAACGACGGGCGGCCUGAGGGCGUCAUUGAGGUGCAGGACGUGCCCGGCCGCCACCCGAUGGCAGCAGCAAGCGUCGGCGGCAUGGGCAGCAGCAGCGCGCGCUUCCGCAACGGCUAUGCCAGCGAGGAGCAGCCGCACCUGGUGGUGGUUGGUGCCGGCAGCAAUACACACCUUCCGGCAGUGAUCGCGUCAGCCGCGGCGGCGACCGCCGCCGCCCUAGUGGCCGCAGCCGGCGGCAGCCCCUUCUCAACUGCUGCGCACCCGGCUGCGGCUGGUGCAGCCGGCGGCGUCGGGGCUAGCGGCCGGCUGGGCGGCUGUUCCGGUUCCAACUCGCACAACCAGCUGCCGAGCACGGCCAGUGGCAGUUUGGCGCUGCCGAGCGCUGCCUCAGCCGUGCUUCCAGCCGGCGCGCUGCCGGCGCACCGCUCGCGCCCCGCCUCCGCAAUGACCUUCGGCACCUCCACCGCCGCCGGCAGCGGCACCGCAGGCAGCGGCGUGCACGGCUCCGGCCCCAUGGCUGCGGUUGGUGCCAUGGGCGGCAGCGGCCGCGUCAUGCGAGCCCACGGCGCCGCCGCCACAGUGGGCGGCUACGUGGGUUCAUCCACCUCCGUGCCCAUUGACGUGGGCGGCUGCGGCAGCGGUGUUGGUGCUGGCGGCGAGGCCGGAUUUGUGCAGUGCAGUGCCGGAAGCCCACACGGUGGCAGUGCCGUGCCGCUGUGCCGCGAGCAGGGCCGCAAUGGCGGCGGCUCCGCCUCCCACUCCGGCAUGAUCCAGCCGGCAGCAGCAACCGACGGCGUCGUCCUUGCCCGCGGGGGGCCAUCGGGUCCAGCGGGGCUACUAGCAACGCUGAUGCAGGCGUCCUACAUCGCGCACCAGGGCGGCAGCAGCACUGUCGCCAGCGCGACCGGCACCGAGCAGCAAGCCCUGUUACCAACCGAUGCGGCGGCAGCGCCCGGAUCACGUGGGCGCUCCCAUGAGCAGGAGCGCACGGCCCUGCUCAUGGCGCUGGCGGCGCCGCCGCCAACGCUCAUGCCUGGCGGCGCCGCCGGUGCAGCCGCGCCAUCGCCUGCCCGUUCCACGCCACAGCCCAGCAGCCCUAACGGCAUGUCUUGGAUCACGUCAGUGCCGGAGGACGAGCCGCACGAGCCGGAGGCGGCUGCAACCGCCGCAACCGCUGCCGCUGCCGCUGCUGCUGCGGCGGCGAGUGAGGAGCGUCGGGCGUCGGCCAGCUGUCACACCGACGCCAGCGCCGUCGCCGUCGCCGCCACCCCGCGUGCGUCCAGCAGCCAGCCCCAGGUAGACCUCCCGGCGUCACCGGCGCCGGCGGGGCAGGCAGCGCAGCCUGCAGCCUUGCUGAGCCCGCCAUCGCGGCCGUCAGCGCUGGGCGCCGCGUUGGCGUCCAUCGGCGGCAGUCUCCGGAGAGCGGCAUCCGCCAAGGGCGUCCGCGGCGGGCCCGCCGUGGAGGCCAGUCGUGCCGCCGACGCUGCCAGCGCCGCCAGCACCGGCACCGGCGCCGGCACGGGGGCUGAGGGGGCAGGAGCAGCGCCAGCAGUUGCUGCAGCGGCUGCGCCGGUGACACGGAGCGGCGAGGCCGGCCCGCAUGCGCGCAGUGGCGCCAGCGGCUGGUUGUACGACAGCGCCGGCGCCAGCCCACUACACGCACCCGGCGGCGGCAGCCCCAUCAGCGGCGGCGGCGGCGGCGGUGGGGGCGGCGGCGGCGGCGGCGGCGGCGGCGGCGGGGUUGCUGGUCUAGGGUCGGCGGCCGGCAGCCCAGUGCCCAUUGGGGCUGGCAGCGGUGCAGGCGGCGCAAGCGGCAGCGGCAGCCACAGCAAGCAGGGCGGCAAGCUCGCACAGGGCUGGACCAACUUGAAGGCGGCGCUUGGGCUGGGGUCCGCCGGCAAGGCACGGCGCCGCAGCGCCGUCGACGCCGCCGGCGCCAUCGCGUCGGCCACUGCUGCCGGCAGCGUGGGCAGCGGCGCCUACACGGGCGCCUCCGUUGACGGUGCCGUGCUGUGCGGACCGCCGGCGGCCCUGGCCGGCACGCGAUUGACACGCAGCGUCACCGAGGCGCCCGGCAGGGGCGGCGGGGGCGGCGGCGGCGGCGCGAGUGCCUUCGGCUCCACCGCGGUAGUCCCGGCCGCUGUCAUCACGACCCCGGCCGCCGUUGCCGCAGCAGCCGCUUCUGCGUCGGCGCGGCAACCGGCUGCAGGGCCGCGCAGUCCCUUGUCCACGGCCAUGACCGCCCCCACGCCAGAGGACGCGAGUGACGUCGGCGCUGGUCCCUGCCAAGCGCCUGUGUCGGGCAAUCCAGACGGCAAUGAAGAAAUGAUAGCCGGUGCCGCGGUGACGGCGGCGCAGCUGCGCCGUAGCAGCAUGCUUGGCGCCAGCGGAGUAGUUGCCACCACCACAGCCGACGGCGGCGGUGUCAGCGGCGGCCUGCUGGGUGGCGCGGGCUCCCUCCCGUCGGAGCUGAUGCAGCCGCAAGGCAGUGGCCCGGGCAGUGAACCUGCGCCGUCCAACGCCGGCGUGGCGCGGGUGGUGGUGCUGCAGCCGCAGCUGCAGCCGCCGCCGCAGCAGCAGCAAGAUGCAAACACGGGCGGCAGCGCGGCCAGCGGUGGCAGCGAUGGCAUGGCACGGACCUUGAGUCGCGGGGCGCUGUCUCGUCAGACCAGCGGGCUAACGGGACCUGGCGCAGGCGCAGCUGGCGUUGGGUCAGCAGGCUCGUCAGCGCGGUCGAGUGCGUUCAAUCCUGCAACGAUGGCUGCCGGCAGUCCCGCGCUGGGCUCACCCAGGCAGCGAGGGGCCGCGCGCCGGCUCUCCUGUUUGUCUCCCGGCGACGCCGUCGCUGCACUUGUGCCGCCACGACUGGGGUACGCCGCAGCAGCGUCCGGCGGCGUGUCGCCGCCGUCGCCGCUGGCCUGGCGGACAUCGCGGCCUUCGCCUGCGCUCGCGACCGACGUCGGCGGUGGCGGCGGCGUUGCCGGCGGGCCUCCAUCCCAUUGGCCGUCCUACCUCGGCACUUAUGUGGACUCGCCGCGCGCCUCUCCUGGAGAGCAGCAAUGCCCGCCGGCAUCUGAAGGCGGUCGCCAACCCGACGCCCCGAGCUCGCCGCGCGGCGCACCCUCGGGCCGCCGCUCCCAAUCUGUCCAGGGCUACACGCUCGACAUGACGGGCGACGGCAACGCCACCGCCACCGCCGCGGCCGUGGCGGCUGCCAUGGCCGCUGGCAGUGGUGGCGGAGCUGGCGGCAUCGGUGGCGUCAGCGGCUCCACCGCUGUCACAAGCCCGUUUGUGCCGCCCAGCCCGGCGGCUGAUGCAGAGCAAAGCAUUCUGGACAGCUUUGACCCCUCGUCGGCACUCGCGACAUCAGCCUCUGCGUCGGCAACGCCGCGGGCGGGUCGCGCGCCGCCGCGCCGCCGGCCCAGUCUGCUUCGCACGCUCCUCAGCUCCACCUCCAACAUGAGCGCAGUGGCAGGGGUGGCCGUCGGUGGCAGUGCCGGCGCCGCCGCCGGUUCCGCCGCCGGCCCUGCCACCGGCCCCGCCGGCGGCAGCAGCUCUGGCGGCCCGAGCAACAGCGGCGGCGCAGGCAGUGCCGGCAGCAGCGGCAAUAUCAGCACCAGCGGCAUGGGUGCGGCCGGCGACCUGCCGAGUACGCACAGUGCUGGCGCCGGCGGUGGCGCCGGCGGUGUGGCCGGCGCCAGCACCGCCGCAGCUGGUCGUGCGCCCGUCCGCCGCCCGCCCAAGCGUGUUGUGUCUGAACUGCCGCGCCGCGCCUCAUUGCUCGUGGCCAGCGGCGGCAGCUUCAUUGUCGCCGCCGGAAGUCUUCUUGGCCUCGCUGGAGGCGGUGGCGGAGCCACCACCGCCGCCGCUGCCGGCGGCGCCCCCGGCAUCGCCCGCUCCAGCAUCGUGAGCAUCGGCGUGGGCGCCGGCGGUGGCAGCGCGCGGACGACGCAGGAGCUUCUGGGCUGGGAACGGGGCGCCGCCGUGAAUGGCAGCUUCGUGGCGGUGGGCAGUCCUCGCGGCAGCCCCGUGGCGUCGCGGCAGGCCAGCAUGGUGGGCCGGCGCAACGUGCCACGGCGUGACAGCGUGCUGGGGCCGCUCAUCGCCGAGCUGGUGUGCGACGGCUCACUGGCUGAGACCGCAAGCGCCCUAGGACUGGCGCUCGCGUCCGCCGGCAGCGGUGCUUACGGUGGCGGUCACACCAGCGGGGGUGGAGGCGGGGCGGCUGUGGGUGGUGGUGGUGGCGGUGCUGGUGGCGGGUCGGCGGGUAUAGGCGCUGGAACAGGCAGCAUCACGAGCGGCGGCGCCGGCGGCUACACCAGCAUGCAUAACUUCAGCACUGGCUCGGGCCAUGCAAUGGGCCACGGCGGCGGCGGCGGUGGUGGGGCUACUGGAACGGGCGGUGGCGGCGGCGGUGGCGGCACGGGCUUCACGUCGCCAUUCAUCAACACGCUGGAGCGCAGCGACCCGCACGCACCAGAGGGGAUCCUGAGCUGGGAGCGCCCGGCGGGCUGGGACGACCCGCCCACCGGCGGCACCGGCACCACUGGUGGCGGCGGUGGAGGCUCACUGUUGGCCCGCAGCAACUUUGCGGCGGCAGCGUCAAGAGAAUCUGGGAUGUCAGCGGCAGCGAUUGCCGCGGCGCUGCCGUCUGUCAUCAUCGACCACGGCCCAGUUGGCCCGCCGCACCACCAGCAUCAGCACUUCUAGCAGCCGCGUGCAGGGAGUGUCAUGCCCAACGCAGCGACCUCGCCUGGAGCAGGAGUGAAUAGCGGCCCAAGUGCGCGGCGUGGGCGGUAGGCAGUGGAGCUGAAAAUUAUUGUGGCUGCGGCCCUGGGGCCGCGGCCGGCAGGUCUGGCAACACGCGUGUGGUAGGCGGUGCGGGUCCCGCUGCAACAGGCACCGGCGGUGGCACGGGCUCAGCAGGGCCUUUCCUCGCAGCGGCGGUUGCCCCGGGGGAGCGCCGCCAAUGCCACCGCUGGUGCCAGUGGCGGCGCAGGCGGUGUUGGUGGGGCUGCAGGCGCCUCAGCCGCAGGAGCCUGGCCGUCGGCGAGCAGAUGUAAGCCGUGUAUAUUUGCAUUUCAAGACGUGAAUGAAAGGUGCAACCAUAUCCAUGAUGCGGCGCCUCGGCAGCAUUUCCGUCACGUUCACGGAAGAGAUACCAUAGGUAUUGCUGGAGAGAUCAGUGCAAUCGAGGUUCAGGGCUCGUAAAUGGCGUCUCAGGGGUACACUUGCUGGCGGGGAUUAAAGGGAGGGUCGCGGACGCAAGCUGUCGGGCCCACCCGGCGGGGCGGCACAAACGCUGACAACCGCAUCCGUAUCUGAAGGUGGGAGCAAUGGAGCGGUUAGAGCGUAUCAGGUGUGUUGUGGUGUGGGCACAGCAUGCAAACUCUGCGCAUGUUUCCUCCGUUAGGGCCCUGUUCAUUCUUGAGGGGGGGGUCAGAUCUGCGGUGCCUGCGUGACUCCAGGUGUGCUUUAGGCAUGCACGCACGCAAGGUAUUGAUGACGGCGCUAGCGGUUCAGGUUUGAAGUGCGUGACCGAGGGUUAAGUGGAGCGCAAUGCUUACACGGGCUCGUGGGCCGUAACCAGAACAGUUAGACUCGGGCCGGCCAUUCGGCCAGCCCGACUUUGGCGGGUUCGUCAGCGUCUCCAGCAUGCUUCAUUGAUCCAGUGAGUGGCACAUGUGUAGACACGUGGAAAUUGGGGGACGAUCGGGCGGUGUGCUGUGCUCCACUUUCUGAUGGGCGGUCGCUGCGGUGGUGGGGCAAUGUGAUGGGGCAAUGUGGUGGGGCGUUGUGAAGGCGCUUCGGCGUAUCGCAUUGGAACGUCAGAACUCCGAAGGUCGCCAGCAAGGUCUCCAGAGUUGUUCAGAGGGGGAUCGUCAGUCGCCACA